CUAAGUUGGUAACCCAAAAGAAAUGAAGUUUCUCGCUCGUCUCCAAAGUCCAAACUAGACCGCCGGAGAGAGUACCACGGCUUCCCGGUUCCAGCCCUUCUCCGUCGGCCGGUUGAACGGCUCCUGAGUGCAUUGCCACAGCCUAGGACAUCUCUUAUCUCUGGUGAGCCCCCAUUUUCCGGUGCGAGAGUGCCUGUUUCGGCUGCCUCUUCUCGCAGCUCCAUAUAGCAAGUCAGACACUCGCUGGCGGGAAGCAGUGGAAAGUGGAAAGGUCGUGGCAUCUCCCGCCACGGUCGCGGAUCAGGUGAAUAUCUCUUUCUGUUCGGCCGGACAUCAAAAACCUUCGAGGGAAGCAUCUGAAGGAGCUGCUCCGAAUUGGGAGGAGGUGAUGGCUUCGAAAGGAGACGUUCGGGUCCCUCCACUUCCAUCCGGCGAGCAGACCGUUUGGGUAGACGUCUCUGCUCUGCUUCAAGAGGCUUGUAGCGAUAUUCAGGGCGGCGAACUCAUUCACGGGGAGAAUUUUAGCCUUUUUGCAGCUAUGUCUGCUUUGGAGAUUAUGGAUCCAAAGAUGGAUUCUGGUAUGGAAACAUGUGGCUAUCGUUCCAUUGAAGAAGCUAUUGAUUGCGGUGCUGCACCCAUUCCUUUCAGUUCUGACAGAACAGUUGAUAUUCAGUGUAUGAUUGAUGUCAUGGAUCAUCUUUUAGCUUGUGAGGCUUCUUGGCACAAGGGUCAUUCUCUGGCACAGACGGUCUUCUCUUGCAUAUAUCUUUUGAGAUUCCAAAGGACAUCUUCAAAUGCUUUAUUACAUUCUUAUUGCAGAAUGGUGCGCACAACCUGCCAUGCCAUCCUUUCAGUUGUCUCUGAUGCCCGUACUCAUGAGGAAGAGGAUCUUUUUAUAAUGGCGUUUGGCCUUUCUUUGAAAGAGGAAGGUGAUGAGAAGUGCUUAUCAAUGUUGAGUGCAGUGGAAGAAACUGUUUGUCGUCAGUUGCGUGCUUGUAAAGCUUUGUUGUCUAAAAAGAAGGCAAUUGAAGAUGUUGAGCCUUUGCAGGCAAAUCCUGACUUAGAAGAAGGAUAUUGCAGAGCGGUUUUAUGUCGCUUACGCUUCCGUAAGCACCUUCAUCAUGUUCUUACGUGUUUGAGGAAACCUCAAGGAAGGGGUCUGGAACUUGCAAGGAAACACAUAGCUUCUUGCUUGUUAGAGCUUGCAGCUAUGCGUGAAUCGUCAGGGUUCCUUGUCUGUAACGCAUAUGUGACAUCUCAAGUGAAUAUUGAAGACAGAACUACAGCAUCUGGUUGUCCUCCUGCUGGAUUUGAUGCUAACUUAAAUGCUAGAUUAUCCGCUCCGACACCUCCACGUGCAAUAAAAAUCCUUAGCUGGACAAAGACACUUGAAUAUUUCGAGAAAUUGCUGCAAGAUCUGGAUGUCAUAUGUGCAUUAUCUUUAGAUCUCCAUGUAGAAGAACUUCUUGAGUUCAUUGUUAAAUUCCAAAAAUCUCAACCUGAUUUGGUUGCAAGAGCUCAUCUGCAGGUUCUACUGAUUCAUGAUGGGAAGCUGUAUGGGCGAGAUCCUUUCCAUGAAGUGAUCUCUCAGGCUACGGCACUGCCUCAUAUUAUGAAGAACACAGAGUUACAGAAGCAUGAACUGAUACAACGUUUGGGACAGUUACUGAUCAGUUUGCUAAAGAUUCUUUGCACAAAUACUGCAUGGCAAAGGCGUAAGCUUGGAAAGAUCUUGCAAGACUGGAGUAUCAUUGCAGGGCAGCUGGAUUUAAGUAGUUCAAAAGAAUCUGGAGAUUCCUUCAGUGUUUCCAUUGAUGAGCUUGUGCAGAAUUCGUGGGCGAAUACAUCAGCAAAUCUACUUAUUUGGACAGAAGAACAGAUUUACUGGAUUGCUGCUCGUUACCUCAUGCUUGGUUUUGAGCUGGAACUCUAUGGCCCUGGUGAAUACUGCAUGGUCUACUGGUAUCUUUACAUUAUAUUUGUCAAACUGAUGGAGAAAGCUCAACUCAGAAUAUCUCAAAACUCUGAUGCAUCCAGAAGAAAAGGGAAGAAAAGAAGGGAAAACUCCAAGGACAUGGCAAGAGAUGCUCGACUUUCACCAAAGAUGUUGUUGCUUCAGUGCUACAUUUACCUUUCUGAAGGGCUUGCAAUGAUGAGUGCAGCUUUGGCUAAUGAACGCCAGUUGGUGAAAAAGUGGUCUGCUUUCAGUACCGAGCAGGAGAGAUUCUUCCAGCACUUUGAUCUCCUUCUAAAAGCACGUGUGCCUGAUGGUGUUUCGUACCCCCUUUUCAAGGACUCAACAGCCCAUGUGAAUUUUUCUGCUAUAGUGAGAUACAAUUAUUUCCGGGACAUCCAGAGGAUUUCAAAGGAGCUCAGAGGUACCUUUUCUGGGGACCCUGAGAGGCUAUCGGAGCUUCGCCAGAUAGAACAGGUUGCUGAGCACAAUAGGAUUGCGUUAAAUGUAAUUCAUCAGGUUGGUGCCUGUGACCCCUCGCUCGAGAUAUCAUUUGUCUUCGGCCACCAUACCUGCUUUGCAGUUGCAAUGGUGAAGAGAGCUUAGCAUGUUGUCAAGACCCUCCAGUUAUGGUGCUUAUGCGUCAAAUCCAUGCCAUCAUGAUUAUUUCAAUUGUAGAGCUAUUAAUUCCAUUUUCCUCGGGGACAGACUAUAGAGUUUCAUAUAGCAGAGCUCGACAUAUAACAUUCUCUGAAUAAACAAAUGAUGGUCAUCCAAUAUCUAAAAUGCCAUCCCUACAUGCCAAGAGAUGUUCCCAUUGUAUAUCAUGCAGGUCCUGCUACUGCCCCACCUUGUUGAUCGGGCACAGCAUAUUUCUUCGUGCCCUACAAUUUUGUAGCCAAUAUCCAAUGUAAAAACUUUAUUCAGCUGUCAACUUUCAUUUCUUGCCCCUUUUUCAUGGAGGUAAUUGUUGUAAAAUGUGUUGAGUUGUUCUCUAGAUUAAUAAAAUAUUGUUAAUAAAUUUCCAUAUGCUCAUAAA